AUGUCGGGGGAUAGUCGUCAAGGUCCGAACAUAUUAGUGUCCGGUACUCCCGGUACGGGAAAAUCCACUUUGGUAGCCGAACUGCUGAAAUCCUGCAGCAGUAUGAAGUCUGUCAACGUGAGCAAACUUGCCUUGGAUAAAAACCUGAUUGAGGAGUUCGAUUCUGAACGUGCUGUGCCAAUUAUCAACGAAGAUGCCGUUUUAGAUGAGCUGGAACCGCUGAUUGCUCAGGGGAAUAUGAUCGUGGAAUAUCACGCCUCGGAAUUCUUUCCGAAGCGGUUCUUCGAUCGUGUUGUCGUGCUGACUACGGAUAACACUAUUCUGUUCGAUCGUUUAAAGCAGCGGGGUUACAGUGAAGGGAAAAUACGAGAAAACGUUGAAUGCGAAAUUUUCCAAAUCCUCAUCGAGGAAGCAAAAGAGUCGUACGAUGAAGAAAAGGUAUCUGUGUGGCCCAGCGAAACAAAAGAAGACCUCAAACGGAAUGUGGAUCGAUUACGCGAGUUUAUCUUGGAGUGGCGAGAAAACAAUAGUUGA